AUGGAUCCACGAAGAGAAGCAUCUGUCGUGGAAGAAGGUCGCACGCAGGGGUUCGUAAGUUUGAGGAGAGAAUCGUGGAUCGAAGGGGGGUGUGAGUCGAGGUGGAAGACGGGGUUCAACGAGAUGCCGGUAGGGCCCAAACCAGGCGUGCCUCCGUCCAGCUUCGAUGGGGUAUGGAAGAGGAAUGGAAAUGCGGCGGCUCUUUUGCUCGGGGUGACUAGGAUCGAUGGUAAGGUCAGGGAAACGGUGACCAAACCAGAGCAGCCAGACCAGAGCAAAGCGACGUCAGCCGUUUCAAAAGGGCCCACGUUGAACCGAGCUUUGAGGAGGAUUCAGAUGAGAGAGUGGAGCGGCAGCCGGAAGUCGUAGAAACGUGAGGGUGUGGGAAUGGUAUUGGGGAGCGUGGACCAAAACGCUGGCACAGGCUCAGGCUCAGAGUGGCGAG